CAUAGCUGAGUACAUAAUAUCCUAAUCAACCAAAAUAGUUCAUUGUAUGGAUGUAUGGCGUACAUCAUAUGUGAAUAAUGUAGUCUAUCUAUACAUAGGAUCAUAUCUUGGGUUGUCUGCUUUACCACAUAUGUUCCACGCUCAGGCCGCCAUGGUUGCAGACGCACACAGAGCUUGUGGUGUGGUCAACGUGCAGACAAGCUUUGCUUGCGUGUCUGAAUGACUUGUACGACACACACGAGAGGUACAGUAUGGACGCUGUGAAUCUUACAACGCCCACCGCUGCUGUCAGCACAGACACCCAGAGCGUCACAACUCACAAUCGUGGUCAAGGCAAUGAUACUGAUGCCAACGUACUGCAUGGUACCAACAAUACGGAUGCUGAGCUUACUGCGACGCGAUCACGGCACACAAUAGCCAUACAACCAAAUGCAACUACGCCCGCCGAUGUAACAACUGAUCAAAGUACGACUACCAGAGGUGUUGUAUGCACAUUGAGUGGUCGUACCCCCGCCACUCGACCUAGAGCCGUGCCUUCGAAUACAAGAGGAAUUGUAGCAGAACAGGAAGAAGAUGAGAGUAAGGUUGUGGACAGUGGAGAGGGAUCGCGUAGUGUGGCCAAAUCCGACAAGCCCCGUAUGGAAUGUUCAAUUUGUCGAGAUACAAUCAAAGAACCAGCAGUCACGAAAUGCGGCCACUCGUUCUGCACGGCGUGCAUACACAAGCAUCUGGAGUAUGCACGCGGAUGCCCAGUGUGCGGCAAAGAACUGUUUGAGACCGAUUUAUUCCACAACUUCCUCUUGGACGACCUCAUGUCGGGUAAGAAUCAGAGUCAAAUCAAGGAUGGUACUGCGCGAAUGAAGGACGUUAUCUCUUUACUUCAAACUCGGGAGCAUAUCGACGAUACAGACAUCGAGGUUCUGCUCAAGGUUCUUCAUCAGAAACGUGCAGUCCAGCUUGAGCAGUCUGAGAUUUUGGACCUAGAUGUCAUGUGCGAGUUUUUCAAAGCAUCUUUGGAUAGCCGAAGAACAGUCCUGCGCAAGUUACAAGACGAAAUCUUCAUGCUAGAGAGGGAUCACGAGGUCGGCUCUUUGUUGCGAGCUGCUGCUCAAGACAGGCGCGAGAGCUCGCGCAUAGCCCGCGUGGCUGGGAAGCGAACCUUUGAUGAAAUGUGCGAGAUGGGUGGACCAGACGCCACAUUUGAAACGUCGAAGGUGCCUCCAUCGACAAGUACCGAACAGCUACGAUAUUACUCUGUCACACGUCAAAGUCGAGUGCCAACUGUUACGGAAGAUAUACCGAGCACAUCCAGUCGACAAAUAAGCAGGAUUGAGAAGUUAUUUAGUCCCUCUAACCAACGGUUAGAGACGAAGAAAACGGCGGUUCACAAUCACCUGACCAACAUCACCAAACGGUACUUCGAGAUCAGAAGAAACACGUUUGACAAUCGGGAGGCCUUAAGUGACUUCCGCAACAUCUUGAAGGAUUGCACGCGCUAUAGUCGUUUGGAGGAAAAGAGCUUCUUCGCGUUCAGUGGUCUCUACAAUCACUCCUCGAUCGUUUCCAGUAUCGAAUUUGACAAAGAAGGACAAUAUUUCGCGACUGCCGGGGUGUCGAAGAGCAUCAAGCUUUUUGACUUUGAUGCGAUGGCGGCCGAUCCCAGAGCAGUGGAUCGCCACAUACCUUCUAGGGAAAUGACGUCUACGGCUAAAAUCAGCUGCCUCGCAUGGAAUCCGUACAUCAAGCAGCAGAUCGCUAGCUGUGAUUACGAUGGAUUGGUACAGUUGUGGGACACUGUGACAGGUCAGGCUACAUGCAAGCUUCAAGAACAUGAUAAGAGAGCUUGGUCUGUUAAUUUUUGCGAGCGAAAUCCUCAGCUAUUAGCUUCGGGGUCGGAUGAUUCGAAAGUGAAAAUAUGGAGUACAAACCGUGCCCAAUCAGUGAAGACUAUACAAAGUUCAGCAAAUGUCUGUUGUGUACGCUUCAGUCCUACCGAACCACAUUACCUGGCUUUUGGUGGCGCCGAUCAUCAUAUACAUUACUAUGACCUAAGAGCACCUCAGCGCCCCCUUGCUCUCCUCAAGGGUCACAAGAAGGCCGUGUCUUACGUGCGUUUUCUGAGCAACAACGAGAUUGCAUCGGCCUCCACCGACUCUACUCUUAAACUGUGGAAGCUAGAUCAGACUGAUCCCAUAGUGGAGACUUUCACUGGCCACAGCAAUACCAGAAACUUUGUGGGAUUGACAUCGAAUGGUGACUAUAUUGCAUGCGGAAGUGAAAACAAUGCAGUAUACGCCUACUACAAGGGUCUGUCUUCGCCUGUAGCUCAGUAUCGCUUCGCCACAUUUGAUCCGAUAACGGGCGAAGAAGUUCCCCGGGACGAUGUAGCCCACUUCGUUAGCUCUGUGUGCUGGAAGGUAUGAUCUAAUCUCGUGUACAGUGUCGAUAACUUCAACUAGAUUCAUCAUGGGAUUUGUUGUAUACACAAUUGAAUCUCGCAACGUUGUAUGAGAGGAAAGAAUACUAUAUUUGUACGUACGGUGCACGGUGAAGGGUUCGAUACAUAGAUUAGGUGGCAUUUGGAAUCAUACACUAUCACACGAGAGGAAAGAAUUAUAAAUUACAUGUACGAUGUGUAGUAGAGAUUUGAUGUAUAUCCACUUUGUUUGAGUGCUUAAAUCACUGAAUAAUUUGGCUCAUCAUCCCGUACACUCAAAUAAUUAAUCGCUGCCAAUGAUUUGAUUUUCUAGCCCAAUUCCAACUACAUUCUGGCAGCCAAUAGUCAAGGGCUGGUUAAAGUGCUCGAAGCCGUGUGAGACAGAGAUGGAAUAAGCUUCUAUAUUUACUAAUCUGUAAAGUCAUUCGCCAGAAUAUGUGUUGCAGAGUGCGAAUGAUAGGGGUCUUGAGAGUGAUUGUAGUUAAAUGUAAACCAGGAUUUUAAAUGUAAUCUUUUGCCGAUUGCUCUGCCAUCGAAUGCUCAUUCCAAAUGUUCAAUAAAUGUUUCAAGUGUAAUUGCGAAAACAUAUGUGUUUUAUGUCAGCUCUUCAAGACACAGUUGUUGCAUUUUUGAGCUUGCCUGAUACUUAAACACUGUAUAAGCUGCUUCAAUUAUGUAAUAAAUUAGUUCGUGAAGGCAUUUCACAAUCGAUCACAAAAGCAAAAAUAAAAACUGUCCUUUAUUUGCAGCACACUCUCGUCGGGAAGUAUCGAGAAAUUUCUUGGAAUUCAAGCGGGGAAAAACUUGCUCGUUUUUCAAAUUCAUACUAUAGUACAUUG